AUGGGCAAGAUGCAUUUGCUUGCUGGGUCUAGCGGGCCUGCUAUCGGUAAUCAACCUCUAGCCUAUCCUGAAGCUGUUCGUUUAAUAAAUCCAACACGGAUACUAGCUGGACAGGUGGAUGAUAAAUACCAGUACGCUUGUGAGAACAAAGACAACAAGGUGCAUGGGUGGAUAUCAAAUGACCCACCAGUUGGAUUUUGGAUGAUCACACCUAAUAAUGAAUUUCGCGAUGCUGGCCCCGUCAAGCAAGACCUAACCUCUCAUGUGGGGCCUAUUGUUCUCAAUAUGUUUGGUAGUGUUCAUUAUGCUGGGAAGGACUUAAAUACAGAGUAUCGAAAUGGAGAGCCAUGGAAGAAAGUUUUUGGCCCUGUUUACGUCUAUCUUAAUUCUAUUCCGCCUUCUGAAAAUCCCAAAGCCCUUUGGGAAGAUGCUAAAAGACAAAUGUCAACUGAAGUUAAAAGCUGGCCAUAUAAUUUUCCUCGAUCUGAAGAUUUCCCUUCUUCUGAUCAACGGGGAAAUGUCAUAGGUCAAUUAGUAGUUCGUGACCCGUACAUCAAUGAAAAAUUGAUUGAUGCAAGUUUAGCUUAUGCGGGAUUAGCAGCACCAGGUGCUGUGGGCUCAUGGCAAACAGAAGUAAAGGGUUACCAAUUUUGGACUCAAGCUGACAAGAAAGGAAGUUUCUCAAUUAAAAAUAUCAGAGCUGGGAAAUAUAGUUUAUAUGCAUUUGUUCCUGGUUUUCUUGGAGAUUACGAGUAUAAUGUUGAUGUCAUUAUUCAACCAGGAUCUAAGAUCAAAUUGGGUGUACUUACAUAUGAUCCUCCAAGAAAUGGUCCAACUCUUUGGAAAAUUGGCAUUCCUGAUCGUACUGCUUCUGAAUUCUAUGUACCAGACGCAAACCCAACACUCGUCAACAAAUUGUAUAUUGAUAGCCCAGCAAACAAAUUUAGACAAUAUGGAUUGUGGGAAAGAUAUACUGAUCUAUACCCUAAGAAUGAUCUCAUAUAUACCGUUGGUGUUAGUAAUUAUGCUAAAGAUUGGUUCUUCGCCCAUGUUAACAGAAAGGUUGGAAAUAUGCCAUAUAAGGCAACUACAUGGCAUAUCAUAUUUGAACUUAAAAGUGUAAUGCAAAGUGGAAGUUAUACUUUGCAAAGCCUUGCAUCAGCUACUAAUUCUGAACUUCAGGUGAGGUUCAACAAUGCCAAUGCCAAACCACCUCUUUUCACAAUAAGGCUAAUAGGCAAGGAUAAUGCUAUUGCAAGAUACGGAAUUCACGGUUUAUAUUGGUUCUAUAGCAUUCAAUUACCAGUUUCUCAACUUCUCCAAGGAAAGAAUAUAAUUUAUCUUACUCAGACUAGAAAUGGAAGCCCUUUUAGUGGUAUUAUGUAUGAUUAUAUUCGUUUAGAAGCACCGCCUUCCAGUCCCUCCAAUCCUUCCCAACAUGCAUCCAACCUCUCUCACUCAUCCAUAUCUCAACACAACAAGCAUAUAGGAGCUUAA